UUGACCCAUUUAUGGUUUUGACCCAUUUGACUGAACUUCAUAACUUCAGAUGUGGAAGUCCCGGUUGCUUGCAUCAUAUUGGUGCUCCUGUUUUGCCUCCCACAUUACGGGACCCACCGUGUAGGGUUCUUGUUUGCACCUAUCGUGAUCAUUGGCUUCUGUGCAUCAGCGCCAUUGGAGUUCACAACAUUUUUUACCGGAACCCACAAGUUUUUCAAGCGUCAUCGCCUUAUUACAUGUACAAGUUUCUUAAGAAAACAAAAAUAGGAGGAUGGAUGUCAUUGGGUUGGAUCUUGCUGUGUAUAACAGAAAAGUUAAGAUGGCUGGUUCUUGGAAUCGCGAUACUUGUUGUGGUUGUCAAAAGCCAAGCUAUUAUCAUUGGGACAUUUUCUAUUAUCAAACAGUGUUCGGCAUUGGGUUGUUUCCGAGGGUUAAAAAAAUCCACACAUCGCCUACUAAUAAGGACGGUCAAAUCUACAUUGCCGAGAUCAACUGGACUUUGAUGCUUUUAUGCUUAGCCGUCACAAUCGGUUUUCGUGACACCAAACAUAUAAGAAGGGCGUAAAAAACAACUUUUCUACAAGCAGUGUGAUAAUUGCUUGCUCAGAUAUCUACUUUAAUUUCCAUCCCGAGAGGAGUCACUCAUUUUUUGCAAUAUACAGGUUGGUUUGGUAUACUAAAA